ACCCCACUAUCGAUAUUUUCUGGAGUCAUGGAUAUUUUUCACCUCAGCCUUCUCUCUCCCUCUCUGUCGACAUCCUCCAACCUUCACCUACCUCUCCUCCCUCCUCAACCCUCCUCACCAUGCCCAAAAUAACAAUCCACUGCAUCCGCCACGCCCAAGGAUACCACAACCUCUCCCUAACCUCCCACCUCCUCCCCGACCCCUCCCUCACCCCCCUCGGCACCACCCAAUGUACAACCCUCUCCACCACAUUCCCCUACACCACCCACCUCACCCACCUAAUCUCCUCCCUCCUCCGCCGAACCCUCUACACCACCCUGCUCUCCUCUCCUUCCCUUCCCUUACCACCACCACUCCCACCACCACCAGUACCACCACCGCCAACAACCUCAAAAUCCUCGCUUUGCCAGAAAUCCAAGAAACGUCCUCCCUACCCUGCGAUACGGGGUUCUGCUGGCUGUUGGGGUUUUGGAGAAAGAAGGAUAGAUAGAGCGAGUUUGAGGGAGACGGAAGAAAGCAGAAAAAGGCGGAGGGGCAGCGAGCUGCCUUUGACUCGGGAAGAACAGCUUCGGCUCCGUGAUGCAGCGGAGCGGGAGUGGAGGGCGAGUGGGUUUCAGAGUGGGGGUGCGGGGGCGGGGGAGGAGAGUCGGUUGUAGGAUUGUGAUGUGGGGAGAUAUGGAGAUAUAGGAGAUAUAGAGAGGUUAGAGGUUAGAGAUUUGGAUAGAGAGUUUGGAUAGAGAGAUAAAUGAGGGAUGAGUGAUAGUUUAGAACUUUGAAUAGAUAAUACAAGAAGAAGACAGAUAGAGAGAUAAAUAGACAACUUAGAAUAAUAGCAUUCAUCUACCAUACAGAUACC